ACGAUACAGUAGCAAUAUCUAUAUGCUUCACAAUAUUAUUAUUGGCUGAGCAUAAGAAUAUUCAGGAUCGUGUCAGAAGUGAAAUUAGUGCAGUGAUGCUAAAGAAUAAUGGAAAACUUAAUGUGGCAGCAUUAAACGAUAUGCCAUACUUGGAAAGAUGUUUGAAAGAAUCGUUGAGACUGUAUCCUAGCGUUCCUAUUAUAGUGCGAGUUGCGUCUGAAGAUGUAAAGCUACAAUCAUAUAUUGUACCUGCUGGAACACUAAUAGCCAUUGGCAUUAAAUUAAUUCAUAGAAAUCCCGAUUUUUGGCCAAAUCCAGAUGUUUUUGAUCCGGACAGAUUUUUACCAGAAAAUAUUAAAAAUCGUCAUCCUUUUUCUUAUUUACCUUUUAGCGCAGGCUCACGAAAUUGUAUAGGUCUGCGAUUCGCUAUGAUGGAGUUAAAGGCUAUAAUAGCUCCUUUGGUGUAUAACUUUUACUUGGAACCUGUUGAUCGUUUGAAAGAUUUUCGAUUUCGGAUCGAUUUACUAAAUCGAGUUGUGCAUCCAAUUCGUGUAAAAUUUAUUCCAAUCGAACAAAUGCAGCCAUUUAAAGCUAAUUAAAAUUUUAAAAAGGUAAACAAAUAAUUUUGUUGGCGCAAUGGAAGAAUUAUUAAUAUAGUUGUUAUAUGUAUUGUAUCCAUUUAUUGGUAUAAAAAACAAAAACAAAAAUUAAUAUUUUAUAUUUUAUUUAUAGUGCAAUA